AUGUUUGGGGGUAAGGCUGUUCCUCCACGUGGUGCCCCUGGACCAACUGCAUACGACAUGAUUUCGAAAAUGGAUACUCUUCGCGCUCUCAAAGAGUUUCACCAAAGUUUUAUAUUAGCAGUUGGAGAACAAAAUGCAGCCAAUACAGGUGAUACAAGAAUAUAUGCCUCUAAACGGCCCUUGUCAGGGCCACCCCUUGUGACAAUCUCAAUCAAUAUUGAGGGCUUAUCUCGUAUUAAGGAAGACAUACUUAGUAAUAUUUGUAAGACACGUCGAUGUGAUGUGCUGUGCCUACAAGAGACACAUAGAACUGAUGCUCAAAGCAGACCCAAUAUACAUGGCAUGGAACUGGUUUCAGAGAUCCCUCACAGGCAAUACGGUAGCUGUAUUUUUGUCAGAAAUGACUUGAAAGUGAUAUCCUCAUACGCAACAAAUAAUAAUAACAUUGAAAUAAUCACAUUGGAACUAUCUAACUGCACAGUCACAUCAGUGUAUAAACCUCCAGGAGUCGACUUUGACUUCAGCAGCACCCAAAAUUUCAACAACAAGGAGUGUAAAAUUGUAGUGGGAGACUUCAAUAGCCAUAGUGAGAAAUGGGGUUACCCAGUAACAAACGCAGAUGGCGAGAGAGUGGAACACUGGGCAAUGAAUAACGGCCUUUCUCUUCUUCUAUUUGACCCUAAACAAAGCACAUCCUUCAAUAGCAAAAGGUGGAGGUCGGGAACUAACCCAGACAAUAUUUUCGUUACAGAGAAAUUCAGAGCUUCAUGUGAUAAGAAUAUCUUAGAUGCUAUUCCAAACACCCAACACAGACCUCUUAUCCUGGAGGUGGUCCCAUCAAUCAGGGUGAGAAAGGUUCCCUUGAAACGAAGAUUCAACUUCAAAAAAGCAAACUGGAACUCUUUCACAGCCCAGAUGGAAAAAGGCAUAGCAAAUAUCCAACCACAUCCAGCAGAAUAUGGGAGUUUCUUGAAUCUACUAAAAACUACAUCUUAUAGCAGCAUACCCCGUGGUUGUAGACAAAACUAUAUUCCAGGAUUCUCUGAUGAUCUUCAGCAACUGUACAAUAAUUAUAUGGACUCCUUCAAUACUAACCCUUUCUCAGACAACACUCACAAACUAGGAGAAGAGCUAAACUCAAGGAUUGCAGACUGCAGAAGGCAAACUUGGUGCAAGACGCUUGAGGGAGUGGACAUGAAGAGGAAUAGCUACAAAGCUUGGCAACUCAUUAGGAAGCUGAACUGUGAGAGUCAACCAAAAAGCCUCCAUACAAAUGUUUCUCCUAAGCAAGUGGCUCACGUGUUGAUUGAGAAUGGUAAACCUGUGAAUAGAAUCAGGCAGAAGAAAAUCAUAAGAUGUCAUAAUAGAGAAACCAACAUCUUCCAGGUCCCACUGAGAGUAGAUGAAAUUGAAUCUGCAUUAAGAUUACUGAUGCCUCGCAAGUCUCCAGGCAUAGAUGAGGUGUUUAAUGAGCAACUCCUCCACCUUGGCCCUGCAGCAAAGAUGUGGAUCACAGACUUAUUCAAUAACGUCAUAGUCCAAGAGCGCAUACCUGCAAUUUGGAAGAAUCAAAAGUCAUUGCAGUUUGCAAACCUGGAAAGGACCCUGAGUGCCCAAAAUCCUAUCGACCAAUCUCACUUCUGUCCAUUUGUAUAA